CAUAUAGAGAAUACAAAAAAAAUAAAAAACAUGGCAAUCAACGAAAGAUUAGUAGCAGAAAUUAAGGGGAACGGCCUACCUCCAGUUGCUCCACGUGUGAGGACCUACGUGGACAACCAGAUGAACAGGCGUCUCCGACGAGUUGGUAUGCCAUACGGCUAUGUGGCUCCACGACUAGAGGCACCACGAUGCUCCCGUCGUCUUUUAGGGUUGGAGCCAGAACCAGUCCCUGUCCCAGUUGCCUCUCCUGAGCUGCCAAGAAAUGAUCAACCUGAACAUUUCGAUGCAGUUGUACCUCGGGCACGAUUAUUCUCUGUCAUGGUUCCUGAAGCAGCUAUUCAAAUUGCUGAUGACGAGGAUGAUAUGGUCGAGGAGGAGCUCUCGGUUCUGGAGUCAACUCUGGAGGAGGAAGAGGUCAUCGAGCUGUCUGUGCUGUGUGGUAUAGACACAACGGUGGAGGACCCAGCCGACUGGUUCCUUGAGGAGACUGUGUCUUGCCUGCCAACAGAGGAGGAGACUGUUGUGUUCGAGGAGGUAGUGGACGAGGAUGCAACAACCAACCAUGCUGAAGAGACUCCAGUCACUCCAGUCACACCGUAUGUUGUUAUAGGUAAUGAUGUAGGUGUUCCUUUGGACGGGGAGGUGAUCCCUGCUCCAGUGGUUGAGGUUGCUCCUGUCCCUGAGGCAGCUGGGAGGUUUGCUGGGUGGAGACAGGUGGCUAGUAGAGUGCUAGGCUGCCUUGUUCCUUCAUACCAAACUGUCUUGAAGCUGUCUAGUUUUUUGGUUAAUUUUUGGUAAAAACAUUUACAUUUUGUAUGUUUUCUUUAAAAAAAAAUUGGAAAAAUAUAAAUUUUUGCUUUAGUUUAAAAAAAAGUUUGAAAAUAUAAAUUUUUGUUUUAGUUUAAAAAAAAAAAUGUUUGGAAAAGUUAAUUUUUGAAACUAGAUUUUUGUUAUGAUUUUUGUAUGGUCAUUCAGUUUAUUUUUGAAAGAUUUUCAUUCUUUGCUAUUUAAUAAGUAACACAAUUUCUUCAAAACUUCAAAAUGAGUGUUUUAAUAAUUUUGGCUAUUUAAUCAUUAAAGUUUUAUGAAAAUAAUUUGUUUUUUAUUUAAAUGAAAGUUUUUAAUGUUUAAUUUACUUAACUUGGAAAUUCAAAAAGAGUGUGUGUCUGUCUUUUUGUAACCACUGUUCUUUUUAUCCAACACAUGUUAAGCUUACAGGCUGCACAACUGUCAAAAUGGAUCACCAUAAUUAUCAGUCGGGUCAAGGUCAAUCAGUAUAGAUAUUCAAUCAUUUUCUUUAAAGUUUGGUCAUAUGUUAGAGGUUAAAGGUUCAGGUCAACAUUGGCAAGAAUAGAAUGGUCAUUACUCCUUUAAAGGGUAGAGGUCUACUAGAUUAAAGAUCAAACUAUUUGUAAGAAUGGUUAUUUGCAUGGUCAAAGAUAUGCACUGCAGGUCAAGGUCAAUGUUUACUUCUACAGAAUGAUUAUAUCUGUUAGCAGGAUCACAGAUAUGAUUAAUUGCUUAAAAGCAACAAGCACAUGUAAGAAGUAUAUUCCUGCUAAACAGCUUUAAAUAUAUGUGUACCUAUUUUCACAAAAUUUAUCCCAUCCCCAAGGGUUGACUGGGGUAUAGAAAUAUGGUCAUCCCUUGGUCUUCUUCUGACCGGCAGUAAAACGCUUGCCAAAAUUUAGCCACCGUUUAGUUAAUACAUAGCCACAUCCUGUUAAAAUUUGAAUUUAAAAGUUGCAUCUAAUACCAGAGUUACUUUUAACCUGAAGUGUGACAGACGAACAUACGAACAGACCGACAAACAGACGACUGGGUAAGACCAGAAAUCAUAAGGUCCAUGUAUGGGGCAUAAAAAUCCAGCAUAACAGUGCAACAUUCCAUUUCGCUUUUGAAAUUUUUAUGAAAAAUACAAAAUAUUUCCUUUGACUCAGUUAAAAUAUUUAAAUUGUCACCACCCUUUAGAAAGAAAAUGAACAUUAAAGUCCCCUACAUAAAUUUCAUAGUUUAAAUAAAGGGAAUUUUUUUUUUCAGCAAUUUUUACUUCUGGAUGAAAGGAUAAAAUUACCACUUCUGGUGAGCAUUUAUAAAAAGUAACAGAUCAGAAGUAAAACAAAAAAUGAAAAUAUCACUUAUUUCCUAUUAAACAUCCUAAAAAUUUCGCAUUUGUUCAUUUUAACCUUGACCACUCUUUUAAUAUUUAAUAAAAUAUUAAAUAAGGUUUCUGUAUCUUAAUUUGGCAGCUUCUGAUAAAUUAAAGAAUAUAUUUGGUAUACAUCAAUGAGGGGUACUUAACAAACAACAAAAACAAGGCGUCUUUAGGUCAACAUAGUCUUCAACAA